AGUACCAACGAGUUUGUUGACUCUGUUGUUGUUGUUGUUGUUGUUUUGCAGUUUGAAUACGUAAGUCAACCAGUAUUUACUGUUAAAAUGGCUGUAAAAUAUGUUGGACGUUUUUGCAAACAGGCAAUCAUCUCCCGGGCUGCUACGUUUUCAAGGCAUUUUAAAAUGUCUGCAUCUACUCCUGCCUUGAUAGCUUUGAAUUGUGAUGACGGCAAAGAAUUACUCAAAACAUCAACAUAUCGACAAGAUGACAUAAUUAAAUACUUCGGUAAACAGAAACAUCGAACCAUGUGUGGUUUGCAGACAGCCGCCAUUGUCAUGAACGCAAUGAAGCUGAACAGUGACUCCCUCUAUCGUGAGGAAACCAUGUUUGAUUUGCAACCAACUUUGUCGGUACUGGAUAAAUCUAAAGUUGAAACACGUGGAUGUACAUUGCAAGAGAAAUCUGAUUUAUACCGAGCAUUCAACCUUGAUGUCGAAACAUACCAUGCAUCUGAUAGCAGCGAAGAAGAAUUCCGACAGAUUGUUAAAAAGACACUGGUUCAGAGCAAUUGUGAAAGUACAAUGGUCAUCAACUACCAUAUGGAUGUCCUAGGUCAAGGUGUACCCGUUGGACACAUUAGUCCACUAGCUGCUUAUCACCAAGGAAGUGAUCGGAUAUUAUUGAUGGAUGUCUGGCCGGACACGUAUGAGUUAUGGGCACCAACUAAAGAUCUUUUCAAUGCUAUGAACACCAUAAACACAGUUGACAAUAAAAGCAGGGGGUAUAUUGUAGUGAAACAAAAAAAAAAAUUGUAGUAACAAUUGCUAUUGAAUUUCUCUGGAAGCAUGUUUCUAGUUGAAGAUCUUAGAAUCCAUAGAAUAAGUCUGCAUUAGAGAUUCGAUGCUAAUAAUAAAGUUGAUGGCAGCAGCUAAA